AUGAGCAUCCUAAAAGGUGCUUUAGAAAGGCUUCUUAUAGAAGCCCAAUCUUCAAAACAAAAGGAGUUGGAACAAAUUUGUGCUGGUCGCUCAUCAAUUAGUAAUUGGUUUUCACGUAGUGGUGAAGAAUUACCUAGAAUAAUGGCUGACAAUUAUUGGCAUCCUUUUAAAGUUGCUUGUUCCAAUUCGAUACCGGUAAAUGUUCGUGUGAUUGCUUUGGAUUGUUUACAAAAAAUUAUUGCACAUGGCUUACUCAAAGGAUCAACCAUAAUCACUUCUCCAAAAUCAUCUCUUUCAAAAAAACGUGAUGCUAGAACUAAAUCAUCGUCUGGUAUAAUUUCAAUUAAUAACGCUACAACAAAGUCUCCAUCAACAAAUUCAAUCAAUCAUAAUUAUCCUAACCCUACAAAACUAAUUGAUGAUGUUGUUCAUACUAUAUGUAUAGGUUUUACUGGCUCACAAACUGAUCAAACUGUUCAACUUCAACUAUUAAAAGUAUUGCUGACUAUUGUAACAACUGAUAAAUGCCCUGUUCAUGGAAUUACUUUACUGAAAAUUAUUCAAACUUGCUGUAAUAUUUAUUGUUUUUCGAAAAGUCAAGUCAAUCAAGCAACUGCAAAAGCUGAAUUGACUCAAAUAGCCAAUUUAAUUGUUACUCGAUAUAAUAAUAAUUUAACACCUCUGUUGAGACGAAGAUCUUCUUCUAAAAAAGACUUAACAAUUAAAAUUCCUCCCCCAAAUAAUUCAAAACACAAAUUAAAAACAAACUUAAAUUUUUUGGAUAAAGCUCAUGAAAAAUUCAAUGUUUUACGUAAAGAUCUCUACCUUACACUUAGUUUAUUUUUUCAACUUUCUGUUAGAAAAGAUGCAGGUGAUAAUUUUAGCAGCAGCGAGGAAAUUAAUAUUCGUGGUCGCUGUUUAGUACUAGAAUUGAUUUUGUCAAUACUCGAUAACUCUGGUCCUGUUUUACACAAUGACGAAUUAUUUAUUAAUCUUAUAAGGAAAUCAUUUUGUGUAUCUUUAUCUCAAAGCGGCGUUUCUUCUAAUGAACAAUUGUUUGAGUUGUCUCUUUCAAAUUUCUUAAUGUUACUUAGAUAUUAUCGUGCUCCUUUGAAAUCAGAGCUUGAGGUUUUAUUUAGUGAAAUUUAUCUAAAAUUUUUAGAUAUGUCAAAUGCAACUUAUCAACAAAAAAAAUUGGUCCUACAAGGUUUGAUGAAAAUUUGUUUAAAACCUCAAAUUUUACUUGAUAUUUACUUAAAUUAUGAUUGUGAUAUUUCAAUGGCUAGUGUCUUUGAACAUAUUGUUACUACUCUUUCCAAAGUUGCUCAAACCCGCUCCAAAAACACAUCCAAUUCCGGUGGAUUUAUGAGUUCGAGUUCUUCAGCUUCAGAAAUUGCUGCAAUCCAUGAUAAAAUUCUCAAAGUGAAAGGAUUAAGAUGCUUGGUCGCCAUAGUAAAAUCUUUAAUUGAAUGGAGCAAAGAUUUAGAAAAUAGGAAUGGCAUAACAAAGAAAUCUUUAUCUCCAACAAGGAAUCAUUCUUCCGAAUAUUUUGAAGAUAAGGCCCCGAUAAUCUUUUCAAAAAAUCCAUUAUUAAAUGUGAAUAUUACCACUUUUCAUUCAAAUUCGAGCACUAGUAGUGUCGGAACAUUCGAUUAUGAAGAUAAUCCUGCUCAAUAUCGUGAAAUGAUGUCACGUAAACAAACUUUGCGUGAAGGCAUUAAAUUAUUUAACACAAAACCACAAAAAGGUUUAGAUUUUUUGCUUCAAAACAAUUUCAUAAAAGAUGAUACCAAUAGUAUUAUCAGCUUUUUAAUUUCAACUCCUGGAGUCAGUAAAACUGCUAUUGGUGAAUAUUUGGGUGAAGGUGAUUCCGAUGCUAUCAAAACUAUGCACGCCUUUGUUGAUCACAUGGAUUUCACUGGACUGGGUUUUGUUGAUGCUUUACGUAUGUUCCUUCAAUCAUUCAGAUUACCCGGAGAGUCUCAAAAAAUUGAUCGUAUAAUGGAAAAAUUUGCUGAUAGAUAUUGUGAAACAAACCCAGAGAUUUUUGCUAAUGCUGAUACUGCCUAUAUACUUGCUUACUCAGUGAUUAUGUUAAAUACUGAUCAACAUUCUAAUCAAGUUAAAAGAAGGAUGGACAAGAGCGAAUUCAUUAAAAAUAAUCGAGGUAUAAAUAAUAAUAAUGACUUGCCUGAUGAGUUCUUGGGUAAAAUAUUUGAUGAAAUAGCAAAUAACGAAAUCGUUAUGGAAGAAGAACAAAUCUCCGAAGUUGCAAAAAAAGCAAUCAACAAUGCUAACGAGCGUGAACGUCAAGAAUUAUACGAGCGCGAAAUUUCUCAAAUGCAAAAGAAAAGUCAAGCUUUAUUAAAAAGUAGUAAUAAUAGACAGGGUCAAAAUCCUAAUAUUUGGAGAAGUGCAUCACAUGCUGAUCAUGUCAAACCAAUGUUUGCCAUAUUAUGUUGGCCAUUAAUGGCUACUCUCAGUUUAGUAUUUGAAGAAGCUGAUAAUCCACAUUCAACAAAUAGUUUAAAUAAAUCAAUCGAAUUUGUUCAAGCUGACACUGAAGCAAUAGAACUUUGUUUAGAUGGAUUUUUAGGUGCUAUUAGAAUCAGUAGUUUAUUUAGAAUGGAUAUAGAACGUGAUGCUUUUGUAUCAUCUUUGGCAAAACUAACAGGUUUAAAUCAUGUUGAUGAGAUGAGAUCAAAAAAUGUUUUAGCCAUUAGAACUUUAUUAUCAGCUGCUAAUACUUAUGGUGAAGGCUUACAAUCAUCCUGGCUUAUUGUAUUAAAAACCGUUUCCACAAUGGAACGUUAUCAACUAAUAGAUAGUUCAACUGGUUCUGUUAUUUAUAGUGCAGAAGGUGUCACUGGUCUAGAUUAUUCACCACAAAAUAGUCGAAAUGGCCCACAUUCCUCAAAUUUGGUAGCUCCAACAUCUCCAACACCAAGGCAAAGCAUCAUUGCACGUAGAAGUUCACUUAGUGGUGUAAUGAAAGAAUUCCAAUCACAAAGUACAAUAAUAGCAAUAGAUAGGAUUUUUACAAAUAGUGUAAAAUUAAGUGGUGACGCUAUUGUUUAUUUUUUUUCUGCCUUGUGUUCGGUUUCUACUGAGGAAGUUGAAUCUUCAAGAACAUCACCAAGAAUGUUUAGUCUACAGAAAAUUGUAGAAAUUGCAUAUUAUAACAUGUCACGUAUUAGAUUUGAGUGGACACAUAUUUGGAAGAUUUUACAACCACAUUUUAUUACCGUUGGAUGUCACCCAAAUAAUAUUGUUGCUACUUUUGCCAUUGAUUCUCUCCGACAAUUAAGCAUGAAAUUCUUAGAAAGAGAUGAACUAUCACAUUAUAAUACACAGAGUGAAUUUAUGAAGCCAUUUGAACAAGUCAUUAAGAUCAAUCCGUCACCAUAUAUACAUGACCUUAUCAUACAAUCAUUUAUUCAGAUGAUUUCAGCCAGAGCAAAAAAUAUAAAAUCUGGUUGGAAAAGUAUUUUUGUAGUUUUUGGUCGAGCGGCGUCAGAUGAGAAUCCACAUUUAGUUGAAAAUGCUUUUGGUGUUGCUAAAUUAGUAUAUGAAAAACAUUUAGAAUUGAUCGGACCAGCAUUUGUUGAUUUUGUUAAUUGUUUGGUGGAAUUUGCAUUUAAUGCAAAGGACGAAGAUAUAGUAAACGAAUCGAUUAAAAUGCUACAAGGUUGUGUUAAAGUUUUGGUUAAAGAUGAUGAUGUUGUUGUUGAUGUAAUUGAAAUAGACAACAAUGUAUCUGGACUUUCAAGAUUAGUUAUAGAUUCUGAUCUACAGUCAGCAAGGAAUAGGGCAUUAGAUGCUUUGUUUGACAUCUUGAAAUCUACUGGCUAUCUUUUUGAAAUUAAUUAUUGGAUGAAAAUUUUUCGAAAUGUUAUUAUACCAAUUUUUGAAGACCUCAAAGAACCAGUGUUAUCACAACAGACAACCUCGGCUCGAGAUUUCAAAAGAAGGGAAGCCACAUCAGAAAUUUGGAUUCAAACUAUUCGUUUAAUGGUGGACAUUUAUGCCCGUUUUCAUGAUAUUUUUUCUGCAAAGCCGGAAUUUUUGGUUGAACUUUUAGAUUUACUUGUGGCUUUGUUGAAACGUCGAAAUGAAAAAUUGGGUCAAACAGGUAUUCGUUGUUUUCACAAUUUAAUAACUAAGAAUGGAACGAAAUUUGAUAAUGUAACUUGGGGAAUUGUAACCACUACACUUGAGGAUAUAUUCAAAUGGACAACACCGAAAGAGCUUUUGGAAGUUGAAGUUCCUCCCAACGGUGAUAUAAUUGAAAACAACAAAAAUGAUAAUAAUCAUGGUUCGAAAGGUAAUGUUAUAAUAGGAUCUGGAACUUUAUUAAGAAGAGAUUCAAAAGAGGUUUCAACCAAUUCAGAAAAUCUUUCAAUUAAUAACAACCCCAAUUUAAGAAUGGAUAUAGACUUUCCGCAUGCAAUUAUUAAAUGUGCAGCACAACUUAUAGCAAUACAAUCUGUUCAAGAUCUUGCAUUUAAUGAUCCAUUAAACAAUGGAUCCAAAGUACAAAUUCAAUAUCUUGCUCAAAUGCCAGCAGAAUUUAGAAAUAGAUGGUUAAGAUGUCUUUAUAAUUCAUACAAAUUUGCUCACGAUUUUAAUGCAAAUCAUGAACUUCGUUCUGCUUUAUUAAAAGCAGGAUAUGUUCAACAAAUGCCAAAUCUUACAAAGCAAGAAACUCUAGCACUUUCAGUAUUUGUAUCGAUUAUUUUUGAUUUAUAUCGUGAAUUUGGUGAUGAUGACCAAGACUUAUUACCGUCACUUGUUGAAGAAUCUAUACAGGUUCUUGAAAGAUACUUAAGAUUAAUGAAUUCUCCAGUUACAAAUCAACAGCAAAGGGAAAUGACAAAUUGGUCACCGCUGGUCAUAAGUGUUUUAAGAGAGUUAUGUAAAACAAAAUGGGAUGACGAUGUUAGAAGAACAACUGAUAGUGGAGAUGAUACGGAUGUAAUUGACUAUAGCUAUGAGAAAAAAGAAAUAAAUGGUUACAAAGGUGCAAGAUUAACUGGAUUGAAAAAACAAAUACCGGAAUUUUAUCAAUUGGCAAUUAAAAUUAUAGGCGUUGACAGAGUUGAUGUUAGGAUUGCACUUCAAGAGUUUUUGGAAAAAGUUGGAAAUGAAUUUUUAAAUGUUGAUAGAUGGUAUAAUUAA